AUGUCGUCUUCUUCAAUCAAGACCCUGUUACAUCGUCUCGAAGUCAAGCAUGACGGAGAGGUCUACUCGGACCGACCGCCCACAAGAUGGGGCAACCGAGACGUCUUCCCCGUGCCGCUGGAGCAACGACGCUAUACGGCCGUCCACUACAUCUCGUACUGGUCCAUCGCCUCCUUGAGUGUCACCUCGUGGGCUUACGGCGGGAGUGUUGUUGCCCUGGGUCUGAGUGCUGGGGAGGGUAUUGCCUGUUGCGUGAUCGGAUCGCUCUUCGUGGGCGUCUUUGCUUUCCUCUGUGGCCAUCCGGGGGCAGCUAUGCACGUAGGAUAUACCGCUUUGGCGAGAGUGACGUUCGGACUCUACGGUUCUUACAUCCCCGUGCUCCUUCUGGUAUUGGAAAACGUGGUCUUUUUCGGCAUCCAUGCGUACUUUGGAGGGCUCGCGGCCACGAUCUUCAUCAAUGCACUGUCGCCACACUUUAUGAAUUGGAAGAACACGCUUCCAGAAAGCGCGGGGAUUACCUCCCAGGCCCUGAUCGGUUUCGUCAUCUACUUUGUCGUCUUUUUGAUCUUGUUGAUGAUCCACCCUUCCAAACUCAAGCACCUGGUCUGGCCCGCGGCGCUCAUCAUCGCAGUCGUGUUCCUGGGCCUGCUCGGCUGGGCGAUCAACGCCAACGGCGGCACGGUGGGCAAUCUACUGGCUGGCAAGAUCCAUCUUUCGUCUACCGACAAGUCCUUUGCCAUGCUCUACGCCAUCUCCAGCGCCGCGGGGUCGUCCACCGCCUUCUCCAGCCGUAUUUCGGACUGGACGCGGUUCGCUGUGACCAAGAACUCGGCGACCAUCCCCAUGCUGGUCUUUGCGCCCGCCUUUGGCUGCAUCGGGCCCAUUUUUGGCAUUCUCGGCACCAGCGCCGUCUACUCCCGCUAUCAGGUCGUGGAAUGGAAUCCCCUGGGUCUGCUCCUCUACGUGCAGGAGACGCAGUAUACGGCGGCGUGCAGAGCAGCCACUUUCUUCGCGGGACUGGGGCUCUUCUGUGCGAUUAUCAUGAACAAUCUCAUGGGCAAAAUCAGCUGCGCCGGGAUGGACUGUGCAGGAUUGUUCCCCAAAUACAUCACGACUCGGCGUGGCAGCUAUCUUCUUACUAUCAUCGGCAUUGUCAUCCAACCCUGGAGACUUGUGAACAGGUCCAGCACGUUCUUGACGGUUCUGGCUUCCUUUGGCGUCUUUGUCGCCCCGAUGACUGGCAUCUUAGCUGCAGACUACUGGAUCAUCCGGAGGCGCAAGUGGGUCAUACCGGACAUCUACAAACAGGAUGGCAUUUAUUGGUACACCUUUGGCGUCAACUGGCGGGCCUACGUGGCUUUCAUCAUGAGCUUCGUCUUUGACUUACCCGGAUUUGCCGCUUCCGUCAACCACACGGCCAUCGCACCGGGAUGGACGCGGAUGUACGACAUGUCCUACAUUGUCAACUUGGCCAUCGCGACCUUGAUCUUCUGCUGCCUGUCGUUCGCUUUCCCUCCCAAGGGACUGGGCGUCGCCGAGGCGUGGGAUGACGGAUCGGUCGUGGAGGACACCAAAGUGAUGGACCCGAGGGUGGAACACGAAGAAAAGGAAGAGCGCGUCGUCGAGGUCGAAUGCUUGCCAAAGUCGACCACGGCUUGA